CUCGAACAGCAGUAACCGACCCGUUCGUCGCCUCCUUCGUCUGUGCGGAUAACGUUUCCAUUAUUAUUUUGACUGCCGAUCGAGAGGGACUGCGAGCAACAUGAAUUUUGCCGGAAUCGCCUUUAGCGCCGUCGUGGUGGUCGUCGGCCUCCUCGCAGCAGGGACCAAGGCCUCCCCCCUCACCCCCUACGCCCCCAGAGUCGUGAUCCCGAUCCUGAAGGACGACCGCUCGCAGGACGCCUACGGGGGCUACUCCUUCUCCUACGGGACAGGCAACGGAAUCUACAGGGACGAGGUUGGCCGCCAGAACUACGGCCAGGUCUCGCAGGGAGGGUGGAGCUACACCUCCCCCGAGGGCGUCCCGGUGCAGAUCACCUUCGUGGCCGACCAGGGGGGGUUCCAGCCCUCCGGCAACGUGCUCCCCGUGGCCCCCGCCCUCCCCUACUCCAGGAGGCAGGUCUACUGAAGAAAGGAAAGGGAAGUGGAGAGAAAGGAGAAGAAAAUACAGAAUCAAGAGAGAAAAAAGGAAAAGUAUUGAUGAAAAGACGCACAGAAGGCAAUCAUGAAGGAAAAAAUGAGAAGAAAGAAAUUAAGAAUUACUUUUUUUCUCGACUCCGUCAUUCGGUUUGUUAUUGUUCUUCUUCGACAUUUUCUUGUUUUUUUCGAUUCGUUACUUUACUCUUCAUGAUUGCUUGAUUACCAUUAUUGCUCGCAUUGUUAUUGAUUAUUAUCAUUGUUAAUAAUCUUUUUUACGAUUAUCAUCAUCACUGUUAUCAAAAUUAGUAUUAUCAUCCUUGUUCUUCUUAUCAUAGCU